UGGGAAAAACAAAACAAAUCAGAAACCAACAAGAGGGCUUGUGAAAUAAACCAGAGAAGACAAGUGUGAAGGAAUACAGGACAGAACAACAAUAUGCAGGACAGAUCUGAGUCUGGGAGGGGGUGCAGGAAGGAUAUGUGAUAGUUACAAAAUAGCCAUCCUUAGCAGCUCUGGCUUUUACCAAAAUCACACUAUCCCCGAACGUACUCAUACUACUAUUUCUACUUCACAUGCUACCUUCCCAUCCCUGCCAUUUCAUCUCAAGCACACUGAAACAUUACCAGUGCACAUCACAAACUUUUAAAAUGUACGUAGCUUUCCUACAUAAAUGUUUAGGAAACUACAGCUACGUUGAACGCCCUAAAGUCCCGCAUCCAUCCGACCUCACCCAUGUGCGCGCACUUUCGGGAAGGUUUUGUCAAGCCACAAAGGCGGAACAGUCAAGAGCGCUUGGAUGAGAGCGGGCCUCUCCCCAGCGCUGCUGUCACUCAGCAGACACAGAGCACUCCCUUUUCUCUCACAGUAGAAAAUUUCCGAGAUUUGUGUCUUUUGUGGGGAUCUUUGCUCAGAACCGCUGAGGCUGUCCGGCGCUGCGGACGGGACCAGCCUGUUGCGGGCGGCAGCGCUCGGGCGGCCCUGCCCGCGGCACGGCACCGCCGCCGGGGACACGGCCACCGGGGGAGGGCCACGGCCUUCCCGGAGGGAUCGCACGGCCGCGCAGGGUGCCCCGCACCGCCGCCCCCGCGCCCCAUCUCCGCCGCGCUCCCCCGCGGGCGGCAGGACCGCCGGGCUCAGCCGGGCGCUGCUGCUCCGCGCUCACGCCCAUCGCCGGGCUCUGGCUGUCCCGGCCCCGAGCCCGUCUGCGGCGGCGGUACGGGCGGUGCGGGGCGGUGCGGGGCGGUGCGGGGCGAUGCGGGGCGGUGCGGGCGCUGCCCACCGGUCCCGGCCGCUGGCGGGGCGGGGGCGCGCGGCGGGAGGCGGCGGGGCGGGGGAGCGGCGGCGCCGGCAGGUCCGGGGCGCGCAUGCGCGCUCCGUGACGGGGGCGCUCCCGCGGCAGCGGGGCCCGGCUCGCGCUCCCAUAGGCUGCUUCCCCCGGCAGGCGCGCGCCCGCGGCGCGGCUCUUCCUACCGCGCUGGCGGGGGCGCGCGCUGCACGGGCCGUGCGCCGCUGUCACCGCUGCCCGCGCGCCGCUCCCCGCCCUCGGCGCGCGCCCUGCCCGCGCCCCGCGCCCCGCCAGCUCCGCUCCGCCGCCGGCGGGUUCCUGCUUCCGUCUCCUGCCGCCGCUCCCCGCCCGCCGGCCCCGCCGCCCCCCCGCCCGGCACCCGCGGCAGCGGCAGCGGGGGCUCCGCCGGCGGCGCCGGCACUCCGAGAAUUGCCUAUGCUUCAAAAUGAAA